AUGCUCGGCUUGAAAGACCAGUGCAUUCAUCCAACUUCCCAGAAGCCAUACAUCAAGUCCUUCUCAGGUGGCAAGAACAACAGCCCUGAAGGCCACAGCGGCAACUCAACCCAUGGUUUCGUAGUGGAGUUUGAGAAUGAAGAGGACCGCGACUACUACGUAUACAAAGACCCUGCCCAUCAGGAUUUUGUGAAGUUGGCUGGAGAGGUGGCGAAUGGCGUCAAAGUCUUCGAUUACGAACCAGGGAAGAUGUAG